CCCGGGCCCCCGCACAGCGGCGAUGUAUCCCGACGUUGCAGAGCUGUCUGCUUGUCCCUGCUUGCAGCCACAGCCGAGUGCACGAGCAUCUCACAAGCCAUGUCGAAGUCCCACAGCGAAGCCGGGACGGCUUUCAUCCAGACCCAGCAGCUGCGCGCAGCCAUGGCUGACACCUUCCUGGAGCACAUGUGCCGCCUGGACAUCAACUCGGCCCCCAUCACGGCCCACAACACCGGCAUCAUCUGUACUAUCGGCCCGGCCUCCCGCUCGGUGGAGACCCUGAAGGAGAUGAUUAAGUCUGGGAUGAAUGUGGCCCGGCUGAACUUCUCUCACGGAACUCAUGAGUACCAUGCGGAGACCAUCAAGAAUGUGCGUACAGCCACCGAGAGCUUCGCUUCUGACCCCAUUCUCUACCGGCCAAGGGAGAUUUGGGCACAAAGUAUGCACAUCACCAAAAAUGCCAGGCCCAGAGGAAGGCAAAAACUGGGAAUUACAAGUCAAGGAAGGCCAGAGACUGCCAGCAAAUCCCAAGUAGCUAGGAGAAGGUAUGGAACAGAGGCUCCCCCAGAAGCAACCAAGCCCACUGGUGUCUUCGUCCCAGACCUCUCACCUUCAGACGGCAAGGCCAUCACCCCUGCUGCCUUGGCUCGUCCUAUUAUAUGA